AUGAAAUAUGAGAAAAAAUUUUGGAAUGAUAAGAGUAGAAAAAAAAAUGAAAAAAUAUUGAAAGACGAGUAUCAUAGAAAUAAAAAAUACAACAACGAUGGAUAUAAAUCACAAAAUAAUAAAUUGAAUUCAACGAAAUCAAAUUAUACAUCUUUUUCUCAUAACUUGAAAAAAAAAAAUUAUGAUGAUGUGAAGAAUAAUUUGUCAGAUAAACGAAAUAAUAAAAAUGAAUACUCAAAAUCAUUUAAAAAAACAAUGAGGAAUCAAAAAUUAAAUAUGCCGUGUAAUAACUUAAAAAAUAAUAAUUCAUUUCAUAAAGAAAAAUAUAUAAGAAGUUCAGGAGAAAAAUCAUCAAAAUUUAAUUUUUAUAGUAACUAUAAUAAUAAUAGUGAUAAUUAUAAUAACCAUAUCAAUAAUAAUAAUUAUAAUAAUAAUAGCAACGAUAAUAAUAAUAGUAGUAAUUAUUAUAGUAAUAGUAGUGAUAAUAAUAAUAAUGACACUAACAUUAAUUUAAAUGAAAAGAGCAUUAAUUCUGAAUUGAACAACUUAAAUAAGGAUUUGUACAAUUUAAUAUAUUGCACAUCAAAAAAUGAAGAAAAUAAUUCAAAUAUGAUUAAUAUGACUUCAAUUAAUAAUAAUGUAAACAAUUAUAAUAUUCAAGAAACAAAUAAUAUGAAUAUGAUUAUAAAUGGAGGGGUAAGUAAAUCUGAUAAUGAUUUAAGUAAUACAUCUGUUACAAAUAAAAACGACGAAUUAAUUUAUCAAAAUUAUUUAAAGAUGCAGCAAUAUAAUAAUGCAAAUAAUGAUUAUAAAACGAGUUUUAAUAAUUUUUACAAUUCGCAUAAUAUAAACAUUAAUAAUAAUAUGAAUACGAAAAAUAAAAAUUGCAAUAACACAUGGCCUCCAAAUAAUGAAAACAAUAAUGUGUUAAAUAAACUAGCAGACAUUAGAAAUAUUCCUUUUAAUAAUUUAGAUAAUGGUAAUAGUAAUUUUUACGUAAAUGAUAAAACAACUAUGAUAAUUAAUGAUUUAAAAAAAUGUUUAAUUAAUAAUGAAUCAAAUUCACAUUCUAAAAGUAAUCAUAUGCUAAAUGAGCUAACCGUUGAUUAUGCUGAGAAAAGUUUUCCUAAUGAAAAUAGCAAAAAUUAUUUAAAUAAUAUAGUUACUACAAGUAAAAUAAAUAAUAACAAAACAUUAGAUGAAUAUAAUAAUAAUAAUAAUAAUAAUGGUUUUUUUACUUUGAAUAAUGAAAAUGUGCAUAAUUACUUACAAAACAAGGAAGAAAUGCAAUAUAAUAGCACAUACAAUUUUAUAUCAAAUGAUAAUAAAUCUUUACAAGAAUCUUCCAUAUCAAAUGAAAGUAGUGUGGUAGAUAUAAGUGAGUAUGGCAAUAGAGAUAAGACAAUUUGUAAUGGUAAAAUAUUUCCUAAAAGUAAAAUUGAAGAAUCUCUAAGAGUUUUAAAUACAUUACAGUUUGACAUUGAAAGAGUAUGUUGCUAUAUAAAACAUUUUAUUGAUCCCCCUGAACAACUAUUUCAAAUUAUGACUAAUGUAUUUUUGGACAAAACAGUAACAAUAAAUUCAAAAAUUGCAAUAUUUUAUGUAUACAAUCAUUUAAUUCAAGAAUUAAGAAAUAAUUACAAAAAUGAUAUAAAUAUAUAUAAUUCAAUAGCUGAAAAAGGCCUUCAAAUAUUUGUAAUUCCUGUUUUAAGAUAUAUAUUAGAUGAACAAGUAAAUAUUGAAAUAAUCAAUAAAUUUUACAGGUGUAUUUCUAUUUGGAAUGAAAGAAAUGUUUAUAGUAAAAUUGUAUGUGAGCAGUUAAAAUCAUUACAAAAAAAUCUUCAUAGGAAUGUUGAUAUAAAUUUAAAACAUUCAAGUAAUCAAGCUCACAGUUUAUUAUCUAAUGAAUUUUCAAAAUUUCUUCCUAUAAAUUUUAUUUUAAAAAUGCCUAGUAUCAACAACGAACAUAAAAAAGCAUUAGAAGAUAAAAUUUUAAAUGCUUUAUUUAAUAAUUUAUCUAAGGAAACAUUAAAAAGUUUUGACAAUAAUGAUAUUGAAGAAGCAUCAAAAAUAUCAGAUAAAGUAAUGAGAAUAUUUGGACAAGAAUUAAUAUUGAUUAAUUCACAAAUGCUUGAACUAUCAUCACUAAUAAGUGAUAAUAAUGAGAACCUAAUAAAACUACAAAAUUCAAUGGAAAAGUUAAAAGAAUAA